GGUUCAGUCUUUUCAAACUCUCUGAGGAUUAUAGCACAGACACAAAAGUACACUGUCACUCUUAUUUGCAGGAUUCUACAUGAGCGCGGAUGUAGGUGUCUUUGGUCCGAGAAGGAGACCAGCUUUCUUCUCGUAGCUGCUGACGUUGUUGCCAUGAAGUAUGCGAAGUGCAUUCUGGGUGCUGUAGUCCUGUUCACAUUGUUAAUAACACUAGAGAUGUUAAAAUACUCCAGACAUCAACAGAGUGAGAAACUGGAUGAAAGUGUUUUAGAUAUUCUCUCAAGGCGACUCUGUGGUGCGGUGCCAGUUCCAAAACACAUAAACCGCAAAUGGCCCAGGUCCGGUGAUGGAAACGUGUACGUGCCUUGUGCGAUGGACAACAGCUUUUCGAGCGAUGCAAAGGCGGCGUUCGCGGUCGCUGUGGUUCUUUUCAACUUAUCAACCUGCAUCAGAUUCAUCGCCAGAACCAACGAGAGCGACUACCUGCACAUACAGCCGUCCUCUGGGUGUAGGUCGCUGGUUGGACGUCAGGGAGGUCUUCAGCCUCUGGACCUGAAGUAUCCCGAGUGUUUUGAAGUGGGCACCAUUCACCACGAGCUGCUCCACGCUUUGGGCUUCCACCACGAACACAACCGAUGGGACCGAGACCCCUACAUCAGGGUGCUCUGGGACAACAUCAGACCUCGUGACAAAGGUGAAUUUAAGAAGAGGCCCAGUCUGAACCAAAUCACUCCAUAUGAUUACAACUCCAUCAUGCACUACAACAGCCUGAGCAGCUCCAAGAACGGCCUGCCCACCAUAGAAGCGUUGCGAGACGGGGUCGUGUUCGGGAUGGCGAGCUCCAUGAGUGAGUCUGACAUAGAGCGGGUCAACCGUGUCUACUGCAGAGGACCCGAUAAACCCACCAUCUGAAAUGCUCCGGGACGUUAAUGAAGGAACUGUAACGAAAAAAACAAGAAAGCAAAACCAUAACUUAUUUCACUCCAUAAACCUGCUGGCAGUGAUUUUAACCCCUAUAAAUUCCAAUGUAACGCUCA